GGCCCAUCUUCGAUUUUUUUUGUGUUGUUUUUGGCCUCAGGAAGGAUAAGCACUCUGUAAGUAGCUAGGGUUUGAGAUUAUCGUCUCUGCGACUCUUCAACAAUGGCGAAGAAGAGAACCAGGCAUCAGAAUCCAGAGGCAUUCCUUGCCGAUGAAGCCGCCACUUCAACCUCCAAGAAACGAAACAAACCUCCCAAACUCCACCAGCAUGAAGAGAAGUUUAUAUCGUCCGGUAUGAGUUCAAAGAUUUUGAAAGAAGCUCUAAUUCAGCAAAAGGAAGUACAAGAGGAGGCCGAAGAGCAAAACCCUAAUAAGCUGGUUUUUGCCGAAGAACCGGCCUAUGAUGCUGCGUCGGACGAUGAGGAAAUCGACAACUUUGGCGGCUUUUCGGAGACUCAAAGCCAAUUUGGCGGUUUCGAUGAAGAGAUAAACGAGGAGGAUGAAGCGCUACUGGAUGCCUUUACAUCAAAGAAUGCGGGUCCUCAACGCACAUUGGCGGACAUCAUUGUUCAGAAGAUCAAAGAAAAAGAUGCACAAGUUUCUUCAGAAGCGCGACCUCUACCCAAAUUGGAUGACUCCAUCAUUGAUCUAUACAAGGGAGUUGGCAAGCUUCUCAAUAAAUACACUUCAGGAAAAAUUCCCAAAGCGUUCAAACACAUCCCUUCACUGCAGCUUUGGGAGGAAGUUCUAUACUUGACUGAGCCUGAGAAAUGGUCGCCAAAUGCAAUGUACCAAGCCACAAGAAUCUUUGCGUCCAAUUUGGGUGUGAAGAAGGCUGAGAGAUUUUACAAGCUUGUCUUACUCCCACGGGUUCGAGAGGAUAUUCGAAAGAAUAAGAAACUGCAUUUUUCAUUAUAUCAAGCUUUAAAGAAGUCUAUGUACAAACCGGCUGCCUUCAAUAAAGGAAUAUUGUUUCCAUUGUGUGAGUCAGGGACUUGCAAUCUGAGGGAAGCUGUCAUCAUCGGGAGCAUUAUUCAGAAGGUUUCCAUUCCCCCACUUCAUUCAAGUGUUGCACUAUUGAGGCUUACAGACAUGGAAUAUUGUGGUACUACAAGUUAUUUUAUAAAGCUAUUAAUUGAGAAGAAGUAUGCUUUGCCAUAUCGGGUACUUGAUGCUAUGGUUGCUCAUUUCUUAAAAUUCCUUGAGGAUGAAAGGAUAAUGCCUGUGAUCUGGCAUCAAUCGCUUCUUGCAUUUGUGCAAAGGUACAAAAAUGAAUUGACCAAGGAGGAUAAAAUUAAUCUUUACAGUCUAGUUGAAAAGCAAUGGCAUAAAUUGGUUACACCUGAAAUAUUAAGGGAGCUAGAUAAUAGCCGCAAUCGUGGUGAAAAGGAGGAUGCUCUUAUGUUAAUAUCAUCUCCAAUUUCUGUUAUCAACAAAACAAUAGAAGAAGAUAGGUUUGACAUUCCAGAUGUGCCAAUGGAAGAGGACUGAAUAUCCAUUUAGCACAACUAUUCUUGUAGAUUUUCAGGUAGUGGUUACUUCUAGGGUUUCCUUUGGAAUGAAAUGUGGUUACUAGUUGAUUGGGAUGAAUGUUGUCUUGAAGUAGUUUUUUGGUGAGAAUUUUUUUUUUCCCCCUCCAAACCAAAUAUAAAACAUUCAAUUUUGAUGUGAAGAUUAAUUUUGUGUCUAUUUACAUGUUUGAUGAAUGAUUAUCAUUUCUGUUAGAAAUUCUGCUUGAUGUGCCUCUAUGUUGCCGAAAAUUGUGACACUUUCUAAAAUUAAAUAGUACAAUUUUUUUUUGUGAUGA